AUGAGAACUCGGUUUCUACUGCUGAUGAUCCUGCUUUGGAGGAGUGUCCUGUCCCAGAUACCUCCCGAACUAGAGGUGUCCAGCCCGGUGACAGUGAGAGAGGGAAUGUGUGUCACAAUUCCUUGCAAGAUUCGCCUUUUCCCCUUUUUUUGGCUCCUCACUGCUAGCUGGUUCCGGGAAGGAGCAGACACUGCCCAAGAUAAGCCUGUGGCCACAAACGACCAGAAUCAGGAUAUACAGGAGGACACCCAGGGACAAUUCACCUUCCAUUGGCAUCCAAUAACACAGAACUGUUCCCUGAGCAUCACUGAUGCCCGGAAAGCAGACAGUGGGAAAUAUUUCUUGGAGGUGACCAUUGGAGAGUCACAGAAAUACACUUUUACAGAUUUAAAAGUUUAUGUGAAUGUGACAGCUCUGACCUUGAAGCCAGACAUUGAUGUUCCCCAAAUCCUGAAGUUUGGACAUCCCGUAACUCUGAAGUGCACAUUUCCCGAGGUGUGUCAGAUGGGGACACCACCCAUCUUCUCCUGGAGAGGAGCAGCCCUUUCCUCCCAGAAUUCCGACCAGGAGGUAACCUCUUUCUCAGAGAUCUCUCUGACUCCAAUGCCCCGAGACCAUGGCUCCAACCUCACUUGUCGAGCAACCUUCCCUAAAGUCAAUGUGAGCACAGAGAGGACCAUCCAACUUAACCUGUCCUGUGAGUACUGGAGGCAGGGAACCCAGGACAAAGUGAACAGGAGGGGGUGA